UGGACGGGUAAACAGUGCACGGCUUAGCUCAUCUCUGACUAGUACACCCCCCACUGGAAGGUUGAAACACAGGCAGGCUCACUCUCACCGCUCAGACAUUACUGAGAGAGGAACAGAGAGGAGAAGACAGACAGACGAGAGAGAGAGACGACAGAGAGAGAGAUCAGAGGGAAUAAGAGCAGGGUAGUAGCUCAGUGUCACAACAAGAGAAGAGAAUCAGACUGCAAGUCAUCUUCUAACUCUGUCUGAACAGGGACUUCUUGACUGAAGCUCUGUGUUCUAUGGUGCUGUGUAGUCACAGUAUAGUGGGGAAAGCCUCACAGAGGGAGUGUGUGGUGUGGUUAUUGUAUUGCGUUUCAGCACAGCAAGAGAGAGAGAGUUUCCUCAGAGGAAAAGGAGGAGAGUUGUUUCUGUCUCUAGUCUCCGUACGCCGUCGUGGUCGUUCCCCUGAGUGCACUGCUGUGAGAGGGUUGGCUCUUUAGGGACAGGAAGAGCAGGACUUGCGAUGCGACCUGAGCGCUGAGUGGAGUAUGCUGCAGACGAUUUACGAGAGCGAGUCAAAUUUCUCCACCACAACAAACAAGCUCGUUGUCCACCAGCAACUCUUGGACCAGCAGAAGAUGCACAAUGUUAACUCAGUGGACAUUAAGCCAGAGGUACUUUUGGAUCCCGUGUCUCCGUUGGACCUGCGUACAGACCUGAGGAUGCUAGGGCCUGGCUCAGACCCGGGAAUGUGGGAGCGUCAGUUGCAGCAGGAGCUGCUCCUCAUCCAGAAACAGCAGCAGGUCCAGAAACAGCUGCUGAUCAGCGAGUUCCAGAAGCAGCAUGAGAAUCUGACCCGCCAGCACCAGGCCCAGCUCCAGGAGCACCUCAAGCUGCAACAGGAGCUGCAGGCCAUGAAGCAGCAGCAGGAGCUGGUGGAGAAGGAGAGGAGGCAGCAGCUGCAGCAGCAACAGAGCCAGCAGGAGAAGGAGCAGGAGAGACAUCGCAGGGAGCAGCAUGUCCUCUGUCUCAGCCUCAGGGGCAAGGAGCGCACCAGAGAGAGUCUCACAGGUGCUGUGGCCAGUAAUGAGGUGAAGCAGAAACUCCAAGAGUUUCUGUUGAGUAAAUCAAACAAGGACCUGUCUACUGCCGGAGCCACACACAUGCUCAUCCACCACCCCAAGCUCUGGUACACGUCCUCCCACCACACGUCUCUGGACCAGAGUUCUUCUCCCCUGGGAGGCAUGUCUCCUGUCUGCCACUACACACUCCCCUCCCCUCAGGACGGACAGGACGACUUCCCACUGAGGAAAACAGCCUCAGAGCCCAACCUGAAGGUGAAGUCUAGACUGAAGCAGAAGGUAGCAGAGAGGAGGAGUAGUCCACUGCUGAAGAGGAAAGACAGCAACGUCAUGACCCCCUACAAGAAGAGGGCCCUAGAAAUGAUGGACUCUACAGUAACUAACAGUGCCCCAGGCUCAGGACCCAGCUCUCCCAUCGGAGCCUCCAGCGCCCUGGGGGCUGAGAACGGGCCCUCCUCUCUCCCCACCACCACAAAAACCGAGCGCUGGCCAUCACAGCCUAGGUUAUUUCGUCCAGAGGGCUCCAUGUCCAACCUUCUGAGCUUAUACACGUCUCCCUCCUUACCCAACAUCACCCUGGGCCUCUCCGCCACCUCCUCACAGAUCAACGCUGCCAUCGGGCUGAAGGAGAAGACUGGGGAGGUCAGGCAUGGUCUACCAGGGCAGCUCCUGGGGCCUGUGCCCAUGCCCACGGUGACCUCCAUGGAGACCAAGGUGUCCCCCAGCCAUCAGGCUCUGCUCCAACACCUCCUUCAGAAGGAACAGAUAAGACGCCAGAAGAUCCUCUCCUCCUCUGGUCAAGGCUCCAUGCCCGCCCACCCCCACUCCCCUCUGGCCAUGAAGGACAGGCCCUCCUCCAACAGCAGACCCAAGCUACCCAAGCACCGGCCCCUGAACCGGACCCAGUCAGCCCCUCUGCCCCAGAGCACCCUGGCUCAGCUGGUCAUCCAGCAGCAACACCAGCACUUCCUGGAGAAGCAGAAACAAUACCAGCAGCAGAUCCACAUCAAUAAGCUGCUGUCCAAGUCCAUCGAGCAACUCCGUCAGCCCAGCUCCCUGGUCAACCCACACCUGCAGGAGUCAGAGGAGGAGGAGGACAACACCCGGAGGAUGGAGGAUGAGAGGAUGGACAUGCAGGAGGACAGGAUGCCCCCUGGUGGCGUGAUCCAGAAACACACCCUUCGCUCCAGCAACAGCAGUGGCAGCAACAGCUCUCUCGGGGAGCUGUCCUCCAUCGUAGAGGCCCACCACCACCUGGGGGUCAUAAAGGUCAAAGAGGAGCCAAUCGACAGCGAGGACGAGUCCCUGUCCAGUCAGAGCCUAGCGGCGGAGCAGAGGGCCUCACUCCACCAGGUCAAAGGUCAGCUGGUGAUAAGAGCUAUGAUCUGAGAGGGGGCAGAAGAUGAAGGAGAUCACACACUGCGACAUUCAGAGACGCAUACGUACACACAAACACACACACACACACACACACACACACUGCAGCCAACACACACACAGAGCCGACUAGGACUCCCCAGGCAGUCCUCUCCCUGCCCUGAGAUGUGACACUGUCUCAGUGAAGUGCAGCCGCACCCCAAACCCCCACCAGACUGACUCUCUGUUUGUGAACUUUGUGAAGUGAUCUGUAAUGUAAAGUAUGUUUCACCGUGCUGUAUAUAACAUGAAGAGAAGAUUUACUAGAAGAGUGCUCCUUCUUUUUUUACUUCUAAGGAACUGCUUUGAUUGUUUUCAGGUUCUGCUCAAUUGACAGAAUGUAGUAUGUAUGUAUACAGUAGAUUUAGCGUAAGAGAAUAUUCUAGAAGGGAUGGAAAGUUUAACCGUUGUACAGUUUAUGAAUGCCAUUUUAUGUUCCCAUAGUGUAACAUUUAUGCCAUCAAUUCACUUCAACUUUAACUUGCUAACUGUUGUUGUUUUAUUCAAAUGUCAUAUUCUCCGUCGUUCUCCAAAAAGCUGUGAUGUUCUGUGUUCAGUGGUCUCUGAAAAUGACAUGAAAAUAAGGAAGCAUGCUCAUGUCUGUA